AUGUAUAAAGAUGCUGCGGACGCCGAAAGUCCCUUGAAGCCAGCAGAACUCCAGGUCCUUCGGGCUCAGUACGAGAAAGAAGGUGAAUACGUCGGUGUCCAGACCAAGUUCAACUAUGCCUGGGGCCUCAUAAAAUCCAACUCCCGGCCAGAGCAGCAAGAAGGAACUCGACUGCUCUCUGAGAUCUUCCGAACAGCCCCAGAGCGACGACGAGAGUGCCUCUACUACCUUGCGCUGGGCAACUUCAAGCUCGGCAACUACGGCGAGGCUCGAAGAUACAACGAUCUCCUCCUCGAACACGAGCCAAAUAAUCUACAGUCGGCCAGUCUACGAACACUGAUCGAUGACAAGGUCGCCAAAGAAGGGCUGGUAGGAGCCGCCAUCAUCGGCGGUGUCGCCGUGGCCGCAGGCCUGAUCGGUGGACUCAUCAUGAGAGGAGCCAGGAAACGAUGA